AUGUUUACUAGGUCCGCACGUUUAGUAAAACUGGCUACUAAAGAAUCUGAAGAACAUGUUAUGGAUAAAAACAAGAGUAUUGAUUUAAAUAUUUCAACUUCUACUGAUAUAGAUGAAGAAACAGAUAAAAGAGAGUCUCCAUUGCCAAGUGGUUUCGAAAAUCAGCUGAUUAAAUUGAAUGAAUUGCUUGGUGAUGUUUUCAAUGAAGAUGAUGCUUCGACAAAAGAAAACAUCGAGCCCACUGCGCCAUCAUCUGAAAAGAUUCAAUCGACUUCAUCGACAACAAAAAAUAUUGAACCCACUGUAUCGUCAGCAGAAAAUAUUGAACCCAUUGCAUCGACCUCCACUCAUUUUGAAAUUAUCGUUGACCAUGAAAUAACUCCGAUGCCAUCCCCAUCCUCUAAUGAAAUUUGCGAUGAUACCUUCUGUGUCGGGUAUGCAGAAAGUGAAAAUCCACCAAUAUUUGACCAACGACGACUUGUAUGGAAACUUACCCACACCUUCUGUAACUUCUUUUUCAAGUGUCUAUACACCAACUGCUCAAAGUAA